GGAGAGUCUUCAGGAUGACGUGGACGACUUCAGGUUAGCUACGGUGCCCUACCUUCUGCACCUCGCCUCUCUGUCUCCCAUGCUGCUGUGUGUGAUUGCAACGGACUCUGUGAAAACUCUCACGCCAGACGUGCUCAACCAGCUAGCUGUUCAGGUGGGAAAAUGGCAGUUCUCACAUGUCCAGGACCUCGACAGUUUGCUGAGCCUGGUUGUGCAUUUGAUCAUCAUGAGCACAGAUGGUUCUCUGGGCAUUCUACAGUUCCUGAUCAAUACCAUGGCCCUGGAUACAGGCAUCAACGAAAAGGUUGAAAAAUGCUGUACAGUAAUCCUGGAUAUGCUUGUGAUGGAUCUGCAGCGGAUGAUUGGGAUGAUUGCGACGUGGGAAGCCACACGCGGUGAUAUUCCGUUCCUUGCCAGUCUCCUCAGCAACCAGAUAGCAUUGUGCAACAUGCUACUUCAGCCUCAUCCCCAGCAGGGGCUCGUGUGGCUCAGUCGGAUCCUCGCUUUUGUCGGUCAGUACGGCGGGGAGCCGGUGGCAGCCGACAUUCUGCAUCACUUCCUGUGUCACGGACAGGACAGCCGCAUGGCUUCUCUCUUCCAGAGCAUGAGUCAGGAGAUGGAUAGCCAGCUGCCGAACGCGCUGCAGAGAACUGUCGACAAGGCGUUCGUCACUCUGCAGAGCCAGCCGGACAUGUUGGAGACCCUCCUGUGCAACAUGCUCACGCUGCUGCUGCGGUGGCGCCAUCGUAGGUCAAGCAACAGGUUUGCCAUCAUCCUCCGAAAUCAUGUCUCACCCCUGUGCUGCCAUCUACGGUCGAAUAAUAGAAAAGUGUCUUCAGCCGCUAUGCAGUGCUUGCAUCUCAUUGGCCAUCCUCGGCUCCUGCCAUUAGGAACGAUGCUGCAAUUGUGUUUUGGUGUUACAGCAUAUUUCUUCAGUGUCCUUCAUAUCAAAGCUGUGGAAGAGAAGCUGGUCGGAGUGCGCACCUGCAGGGCCUACCUGCAGAGCCUCAGCGAGAUUCCCGGAGCGCAGCACGUGCUACUGCACAGCCUCGUCCAUGGCUGCAUGCUGCAGGGGCAGGCCGGGCCGCUGCGGUCGAGGAUUCCAGCGCCCCCUGUUGAGAAGUGUAAGGUCGAGCAGACGGCGAUGGCGUGCCUGCUGGAGGAGAACGCUCAUCACGGACAUGCAAUCAUUCUGCCGCAGUCUCACUCCAGCGUCUUCCACGCCGGCAUCAUCGGCAAAGGCGUCCAGAAUCCGCCGAGAGCGGCCAUGUUCACGAGGAAUGAGAUCAGCACGAAUCGGCAGCUGUUUCUUGAUGUGGUGCAAGCCUGCUCCCUCUAUCAUCCGAACGAUGAAACGGACACGAUGGAACUCGACAUCGCCAUGGAAACCGAGCAGCUGGUGACGGCUGAGCCAGGUGUCGCUGCGCUGGAGGCUAUAGCACUGAUGCUGACGGAGAUGGCUACUCCAGAUGUUCUGUAUAAUCAGAUUGAUUGGCCAGAGGAAGCGUUCGCCCGUUGUACUGUGGAGAGAGAUCUCGUGAUAAAGAAAAGGUUCCAUGAAUACCCAGUCUUGUGGGAGCUACUAGAUUUUGUAAGCAGAGACAGAGCAGCACUGCUACAAUGUUCAGUGCUGCUCCGGGGUAUUGUCGCCAUCCUCCUCGCUUACUGGGAAAAUUGUCGUGAUUCAGCGACAACCGCAUCGCCAUGGCAACUGGAAGCUUCGUGCCGUGUUAUUCAGAUCAUGAACCAGGGUAAGCUAUUACCGCUACCACUAAGCGACAUCAGCAUUUUGUUUCCAUUGCUGAGUCCGUAUGAAACUCAUCUGCUUCUGAGAGAUGUAUGGCAAUACAUUCAUGAAAACAACAUAAGCCAAACUGGAAUUGGCCCUGGUCCUAUGCCUGGCUGUAGCAGCUGCCACACCGAUACACUGCGAUCGAUUCUCCAGUUGAACACGAGUGCGGUUGGACACCUCUAUUGCCACUUCUUCAACACGGGAAAACAAAGUUGAACGAACAUUGUGAGCUGCUGAGGACUUCCGGCUAUUCCUCAGGCUUCUCUGUUGCCAUGGCGACUUGUAAAAGUGACUCCUCCUUCGCUAUUGCCACGCUGACCAUUACUUGGCUACUCCAAAUUGCACAGACUGCAGAAACCGCUUCUGAUGAUGACUGUUACGAAGGCUUCGCUGUUGCUGCUGUGAUGACAAUAGUGUCCAUAGUGACCAUAGUUGACAAUAGUGUCCAUUACUUGGAAAGCCUUUCCCCUGCUGUCGUUUUGACAUUUUCUUGGACAGCAAUUUUCCUGGAGAGGCGUUGCUAUUGGACUUGCUGUGACAAUUGAGACCUAUCAACAUUGUACAGUGACAAUCCUGGCAGCCAUGAUGCGUUCAUGAUGCGUUGUGCACUAAUUGUAAACAUGAGGCAGGGUAUCAUGCAGGCAAUAUGCGGUCAGAUUUCUAUUCUACGAUUGGACUGCAGCCAACUCGCUCGAUUCAACUUGAAACCCAGUACAAUACUCGCAUUGGUUUCAAUUAGGAAGCCUGAUUCGUGUAAUGCACCCCGGCACACACGUGAGUUAUUUUACUCAAGUAAAAUGACCCACGAGUCAUUUUACUCACGUGUGCGGCGGAUUUUCG